AUGGCAGAUCGCACUAAAAGAUCUAAGAUCACAUCAUUAAUUGCAAAACUGAAAAGCCGGCAAGAGUUUAUUCCCCUGUUAGGUCCCAUUGUUGAUCGAAUUCACAUUGAACCACUACACUUAAAGAAUAAUGCUUGCGCCCUUGCUCAUCGCUACCUUCUAGAUGAGGUUAUUGCCAUUUCUAGCCUCCCAAAAGCCAUCAAAAUUUUUUCUGAGAUUCCAUCUAGUUCUCCGAUUGUCAG